AUGCCAGUUGUAGAAGAACAGCAGCAACUCAUCAGCAGUCGCAAAGGAAAAUGCAACUUUUUAGCCGCUAUUUUCCCUAUAAUUGUUUUGCUUUUCGCUGGUGGUUGGAGUGAUCGUUACAAUAAAAGGAAGGCCUGUAUGAUUGCUCCCCUCAUAGGAGAAAGUUUAUCAUUUUUGUGUCUAUUUAUAUCGGCCAUAUUUUUCGAUCAAAUACCCAUGGAAUUUGGUGCCUAUGCUGAGGCUAUAGUGCCAGCAUUAUUUGGUGGAAGUACUUUAUGUUUAAUGGCCAUCGACAGUUAUAUGACCAUAUCCACACCAGAAGAAGAUCGAAUUUUCAGAUUUGGCAUAUUCGCCAUGUUUAGCACCGGUAUGCCUUUUAUAGGUCAACCUAUAAGUGGUUUAUUAUUUCAAUAUUUGGGUUAUAUAAUGUCCUUUGGCAUGGCCUUCUGCUUCAAUAUCAUUGCCCUGCUGUUUGUAAUCUUUGUAAUCAAAGAACUUAAACCAUCCGUAAAACCUAACGACUUGCCUAAUGCUCCCCCACCCUUACCUGCUCAUGCCCCACCGCGCAUGUUAAGUCAAGGUUCGGAAAAUCUUGCCUAUGAAGUCACAAAUUUAGAGGAAAUCGCUCAUACACCCAAAAAUGUUUCUUUUGAAAUGUCGGCAAAUGGCACUGAAAUGGUCACGGUAGCUCCCUCUCCCGUUAUACCGGAAAAGAAAAAUUUCCUACUGAAAUUUUUCGAUCCCACCUUAGUGGUGGACUAUGUUAAAUUUCCGCUUAAAAAACGUUCCAAUCGUGGCCGUAUGUUGUUGGGUUUCCUGAUAAUGGCCUACAUGUUUACCAUUGGUCCGGCUUUGGGUGAAAAUGAUUUUUGGAAUCGUUUUGCUUUUAAGAAGUUAAAUUGGAAUGGCAAUGAUUUUAGUAUUUAUACCACGUUUAUUUCGGCCUUAGCUUUGGGAGGUACUUUUAUUGGCACGGCGAUUUUCAGUAAACUGUUAAAGUUCUCUGAUGCUAUGGUGGGUUUUGUGUCGGCUGUAGCAACGGCUUUAUCGAGAGUGUUAUUUGCAUUUUCCAAAAAUACCGCCACAUUUUAUGCAGGUGGAGUUGCUGAUAUGUUUUCCACUUUAAGAGUUAUAGCCAUUAAAACGAUUGGAUCUAGUAUUGUUGAUGAAGAGGAAUUAAGCAAAAUGUUUUCAAUUUUCAGUAUUUGCCAACCUUUGGCACAACUGAUCUUUACACCCAUUUACAGUGAUAUUUAUGAAAAUACGGUAAAUUCUUUUCCCGGUGCCAUUUUCCUGUUCAGUGAAGUAUUUGCUGUGCCAAAUAUUAUAGUUUUUAUCAUUUGCUAUGUGGUGGUAAGACGUCGUAAGACCCAAAUGAAAAAACGUGAAAAAUUGGAAAAUGGUCAUAGUAAUGGUGAUGUGGAAAUAACUAGUCUUUAGAUUGUGUUUUGGAAUAUAAAUCUAAAAUAUAAGUUUAAUUUGUAAUUUAACGCAAUAUUGUAUUUGUAAAUAUUAUAUUUUUUUACUAUUUGCUUAAUAAAAUAAAAAA